AUGCUCAAGGCACGCCAAUCGCCCAGCGCUCUCAAGAGCGUGAACUUCGCCACCCGCCGUUUUUCUUCGACGCCCUCGCCCGCCGCCGUCUCGCCCUACCGCAAUGUCGCCGCCGUCCAGCAGAAUGCCCAGAAGCCCGUCGUCAAGAAUGCCAUCAAGCGCACCCAGAGCACCGCCGCCGCCCAGCAGACCGAGCGACCUGUUCCCGCGUCCGCCUUCAAUCGCGAGGUCGCGCCACCACAGGUUGCCUCGCGCUACCACUCGCAGAUGGACCACUCGUUCGUCGGCAUGAAGGGCGGCGAGAUCUUUCACGAGAUGAUGUUGCGACAGGGCGUGAAGCACAUUUUUGGAUACCCAGGAGGCGCCAUUCUCCCCGUUUUCGAUGCCAUCUACAACUCAAAGCACUUCGACUUCGUUCUCCCCAGACAUGAGCAGGGCGCAGGCCACAUGGCCGAGGGUUACGCCCGGGCUUCGGGCAAGCCCGGCGUUGUUCUCGUCACCUCUGGCCCUGGCGCCACCAACGUCGUCACCCCUAUGCAGGAUGCCUUGAUGGAUGGCACGCCCAUGGUUGUUUUCUGUGGUCAGGUGGUAACGUCUGCCAUUGGUUCGGAUGCAUUCCAGGAGGCCGACAUGCUUGGCAUCUCCAGGGCCUGCACCAAGUGGAAUGUCAUGGUCAAGAACAUCGCCGAGCUGCCCCGCCGUAUCAACGAGGCCUUCGAGAUUGCUACUAGCGGACGUCCUGGUCCCGUCCUCGUCGACUUACCCAAGGAUAUCACCGGUGGCACUUUGAACAAGCCCAUCCCGGUCGACAGUGCCCUCCCGACUCACCCCAGCGCUGCCAGCUUGGCCGCGCGCGAAUUGAGCAGGGCUCAGCUCGAGGGUGCCAUCAGGCGCUCGGCCAACCUCAUCAACAUCGCCAAGAAGCCCGUCAUUUACGCCGGUCAGGGUAUCGUUUCGGCUCCCGACGGCCCCAAGCUCUUAAAGGAACUUGCCGACAAGGCCAACAUUCCGGUUACCACGACUCUUCAGGGUCUUGGUGGCUUCGAUGAAUUCGACCCGAAGUCUCUCCACAUGCUGGGCAUGCACGGCUCUGCGUAUGCCAACAUGGCCAUGCAGGAAGCAGACCUGAUCAUUGCUCUCGGUGCUCGUUUUGAUGAUCGUAUCACCGGCCACGUCGCUCGCUUUGCUCCUGCCGCCCACGCCGCUGCCGCUGAGGGACGUGGCGGCAUCGUUCACUUCGAGAUCAUGCCCAAGAACAUCAACAAGGUCGUCCAGGCCACCGAGGCCGUCGAGGGUGAUGUCGCUACGAAUCUGUCAGCGCUUAUCCCGUACGUUAACGCUGUUCCUGAGCGCCCCGAGUGGUUUGAGCAGAUUAACGACUGGAAGAAGCGCUUCCCCUGGGCUUACGAAAAGGAGGGUGCGAACGGCAUGAUCAAGCCCCAGGUUGUCGUUGACAAGCUCAGCAAGCUCACCGAGAACAUUCGUGACAAGACUGUCAUCACCACCGGUGUGGGCCAGCAUCAGAUGUGGGCUGCUCAGCACUUCCGCUGGACCCACCCGCGUACCAUGAUCACCUCUGGAGGUGCUGGUACCAUGGGUUUCGGUCUCCCGGCCGCUAUUGGCGCAAAGGUUGCCCGUCCUGAGGCUCUCGUCAUCGACAUCGACGGCGAUGCGUCGUUCAGCAUGACUCUUACCGAGCUCAGCACCGCCGCUGAGUUCAACAUUGGCGUCAAGGUCAUUAUCCUGAACAACGAGGAGCAGGGCAUGGUCACUCAGUGGCAGUCUCUCUUCUUCAAGGACCGUUUCUCGCACACCCACCAGAAGAACGCCGACUUCGUCAAGCUCAGUGAAGCCAUGGGUCUUCAAGCCGACCGCGUUGCGAAGCCCGAAGAGCUCGAGGAUAAGCUCAAGUGGCUCCUGAACACCGAGGGCCCGGCUCUCCUCGAGGUUGUCGUCGACCAGAAGGUGCCCGUCCUUCCCAUGGUGCCGGCUGGCAGCGCUCUCCACGAGUUCUUGGUGUACGACGAGGCCAAGGAGAAGACCCGCCGCGAGCAAACCCGCCAGCGCUCUGGCAGGUAA